AAAAAAAUUAUGUUUAUCUUAAAUUAGCAGUUGAUUCUAUUCGAAAUAUUUUAACACUAUAUAUUUGGUAAAGGUACUGCUAUUUAUGCCUGAAACUUAAAGUUUUAAGUAGAAGCGAAUAUUAAUAAUUUAUUACACCUGCAUAUACACAUUUAAUAGAUACAUUCUGAAAAGAAAUAAUCAAAUAUCUUUCAAAAUGAAUAAAUACUUGGAUCUUGCAAAAACAGGUACCAGUUAUGCCAAACAUAUGAAUCGUUUAAGUAAUCGAAUAUUUGGUGAAGUAACAAGAACGACUAAUAAGAAGUCGAUGAAAGUAGUGACAUUAUUUAGCGAAAAACCUAUAAAUAAGCGACCAGAAAUUGUUAAUUAUUAUCCACGGCAUGUUGAAUCUGAUUUAUUAAUGAAACAUCUUAGGGAUUAUGGAUUAUACAGAGAUGAACAUGCAGAUUUUAAGGAAGAGUAUGAACGUUUAAGAGAACUUCGUGGCAAAAAGAAAUGGAUUUCUCCACGAUUUAGGAAGUAAUAAGUUAUUUGAUUUGUUUAAAUUCAGUGUAUUAAAUCAAACCGUAUUUGUAUAAAAUGUAUUUCAUAUAAUACAUGUGCUUACUUAAAUACCAAAUGUUAUGUAUAAAUAAUAAUGUAAAGAUACCAAAAUACAAAAUGAAAAAAUAAGUAUAAUUUUUUAGAAUAUACAACAAUAAUAUUAGAAUAAGAAACAGCUUCAAAAUUAAGUGGUAAUAACAAUUCAAAAUCAUCUAUUUCUAUUUGAUCCUUAUUUUGUUGUACUGUAACUUUAUCAAAUUGUUGUUGAAUAUUACACAAUACUGAUUUAUUCAUAGCACCAUUCAAAUUUCCUACAAUUUGAUUCUUAUUUUUAGAACUUCCAAUUUCUUUAUAUUUAUAAAUAUUACUACUUGGUUCUUUUGCUACAUCUAGAUAAGACAUUUUAUAGUAGCCAUCGGAGGAAGAUGCAUUUUUAUUGUUAAAAUUAUUGGAAAUAGAUUGAUAUAACUUAUUCCAAAAAUAAGAUUUGUUCAUACUUUCUAUAGGUACCUCUUGAUACUUUAUUGCUGUCCCAGUUUUAUUAUGUAAAUGUAUUUUUGUAUUACCUGGCCAAUAACUUAUUCGUGAACCUAAUUGUAAAAGAUCUGAAUGAUUCCAUAAACUAUCAUGUACAUUAGUGUUUUCUUUAAAUGUACACUGUUUUUCAUUUAA